CCUGCGAGCGCGCGCGCGCACACACACACUCUCUCUCUCAGACACACGUUGCCUGCUGGAAAAGAUCAAUUUAUUUCGCUCUGAUCCCCUUGAAAGUCUCGGAAAAGUUUCGGUUUCGUCCCUCCCUGCCCGCCCCUGCAGCGUUCGGGUAAUGCCUGCUGGUAUGUUCAGCAUCGACAACAUCCUGGCCGCCAGACCCCGCUGCAAGGAGUCGGUCCUGCUGCACCAGAGCGCCGCGCCCGUGGUGUUCUCCAACUUGCAUGGGGAAUCCCUCUACGGCACCGAUUACAGCGGAUUUUACUCCCGGGCGGUGGCCCCCGCUUCCAAUCUGCCCGCGGUCAGUGGAUCUAGGAUUGCCUACAACAACUACUACUACGGGCAGCUGCAUGUGCAGGCGUCCCCCGUGGGUCCUUCGUGCUGUGGGGCCGUGCAGCCUCUGGGCGCGCAGCAGUGUUCGUGCGUCCCUGCAACAGGCUACGAGGGUACUGGGUCAGUCCUGAUGUCGCCUGUGCCCCACCAGAUGUUGCCAUAUAUGAACGUGGGCACCUUGUCCCGGACUGAGCUGCAGUUACUGAACCAGCUGCACUGCAGGAGGAAAAGACGACACCGAACUAUCUUCACUGACGAGCAGCUGGAAGCUUUGGAAAACCUCUUCCAGGAAACUAAAUACCCAGAUGUGGGCACCAGGGAACAGCUGGCCAGGAGGGUGCAUUUAAGAGAGGAAAAAGUGGAGGUUUGGUUCAAGAACCGCCGGGCAAAAUGGAGAAGGCAAAAGAGAUCCUCUUCGGAGGAGUCAGAAAACGCACAGAAAUGGAAUAAAGCUUCCAAAACGUCCCCAGAAAAGAGGCAAGAAGAAGGGAAAAGUGACUUGGACUCCGAUAGUUGAUACCUUGCAAAUGGACCCUUGUCGUGGACUGUGGGACUUGCACAAAAGGAUGCGACUUGCACACGCUCUGCCUUGUUGGAGGGAAAAGAGAUCUGUAUAUAGUGUACGUUACCCCGAAGUGAUUGCUCGCAAAUAAAAUCAAAGUGGCGGAGGUGUGGCACAGGUAUACGCCGGGCCCCUUUAUUUAUCUCUGUGCUGCUUAUAAUUACUUUAAAUCCGACGGUGGCGACAUAUUUCCCCUUCGUCUAGAAAAAGGGGUGUCUGCAGUUAUUUAUUUAUCCGGGGCUGGCUAGUGUGGAAAGAGAGGAAGAUUACGGUGUUGUAAAUGGUGCCACUUUUGUAAUUGAUUAAUCCCUAAUUUCAGUGUGU